AUGGCGCCCCUCCCCCCUCCGGACCCGCUCCCGGAGUUUGUCUACAAGAUCACCCCGACCGCCCCGCCGGACCCGAUCCCCGAGCAAUACCCGCUCUCGGACCUCGACCGGCAAGACGGCUUUAUCCCCAUCACGGCAGACCUCUUCUUCAAGGACUUCACCUCUUUCUACAUCCUCAAGCUGCGCCUGGCCAACUUUGACCAGUCCAGCGUCAAGUGGGACGAGGUGGACGGCACCAACGGCUGCCCCCACCUGUACGGCAACUUUGGGGUCAAGGACGUCGUCGCCGCGAAGGAGUUCCGCCGCGCCGAGGGCCAGUCGUGGAAGGACGUCUUUGAACGGGAGAAGGGGUGGUUGGAGUAA